GUCCGCCCAUGCAGCAAACUGUUCUACUAUUCGAACUUCGAAAUUUGUCUGUCAUAUCUAUCUGUCAUCGGGCAACGUUUCCUUCAUUUUCUUUGCCCCGUGAACGCAUCGAUUCUCGCCCGUGUCCCUUGAGAAUUGCAGCGUAACCGUUCCACGGAAAUCAAGCAGAUCAAGAUGACUGAGCCGACGCCGCGCCCGAUGAAGUUCCCGUACACCUUCUCCGCCCAGCUGGCCCAGUUCCCGAUCCAGCACUACUUCAAGAACCAGUGGAUCUGGCGCUACUACUUUGUCGCAUUCGGUCUGUCCAUCCCGCUGUUCUACAAGAUCAGCAAGCUGGCCAACUCGCCCGGAAACGUAGCCAAGUGGGCCGAAUCCAAGCGCAAGGAACACGAGGAGCACCACUAAACGAUGGCGGAGAUGCUGGGGAAACCAUUAGUUUUAGGCUUAUGAGAGAUGAGGUCAACUUGGAAACUGUUCUUAAUUUGAUGUGCGAGAUGUUAUCUUCACUGGCAAAAUAAACAAACAUCCGGAACCGAAAGAUCUGGUCUCCUUUGUCUGAAGAAGUAACGUUUUUUGCUACAAUAAAUUGGUCGCCGUAAAAUCUCCAA